GCCUCGGGAGCGGCGAUGCGCAUGCGCAGGGCUGGGAAAGGGGAAGUUGUUUGUGGCGUCAUUUCCGGUUCCGACAGAGGCGCGCGAGCCCCGCGUGGAGAGAGCGGCGCGAUGAGGCCGGGUUUCAGCCCCCGGGGAGGACGCGGCGGCUUCCGAGGCAGAGGUUCCGGUUUCUCGCCCCGCGGAGGGGGCGUGGCCCGCGGAGGGGGCGGGGCCAGAGGAGGGGGCGGAGCCCGGGGCGGACCCCGGGGGCGUGGCCGAGGCCGAGGGGGCGGGGCCAGGGGCGGGGCCCGCGGCGGCUUCAAAGGCGGGAAAAAAGUGACGGUGGAGCCGCACCGGCAUGAGGGUGUGUUCAUCUGCCGUGGCCGCGAGGACGCGCUGGUGACGCGGAACCUGGUGCCGGGCGAGUCGGUGUACGGCGAGAAACGCAUCAGCGUCGAGGAGGGCGAGGCCUCGGUGGAGUACCGCGCCUGGAACCCGUUCCGCUCCAAGCUCGCCGCCGCCAUCUUGGGGGGCAUCGACCGCAUCCACAUCCGGCCGGGGGCCAAGGUGCUGUACCUGGGCGCCGCCUCGGGCACCACCGUCAGCCACGUCUCCGACAUCGUGGGGCAGGAGGGCGUGGUCUACGCCGUGGAGUUCUCGCACCGCUCGGGCCGGGACCUGCUCAACGUGGCCAAGAAGAGAACGAACGUGGUGCCGGUGAUCGAGGACGCGCGGCACCCCCACAAAUACCGCAUGCUGAUUGGCAUGGUGGACGUGAUCUUCGCGGACGUGGCGCAGCCGGACCAGACGCGAAUCGUGGCGCUGAACGC